GAAUGAGGGCGUCCUACUACGAAAUCGGUAAUUUAUUCCAUUCAUGUUUGUUUACAUGGCGAGAUCGUACUGAAUUUCGGCAACAGAGUAUUCUAACAACUCUCCAUUGAACCAAUCACGAUGAGUGUCCAUUUCCCACUGAAGGCAGCAUGACAAUGGCCAAUUGUCACAGCAGCAUCAAGAACCCUGACACAAUGGGGACAGGAGACGGACCUACGACUCGCGCUGCCACGCCCGGACCACGCCCAUUGCAAUACAGCGUUAGUAAUCUCGUCGAUGGCGUCCACAGGUUUGAGAAACUGUGCUGGUAUGUUCCGGCUCUGUGGAGGAUUGUUGUCUUUCUAUUCAGAUGGGAGUCACCGUUUUUCACUCUUUCAUUUUGGAUUGCAUCACUCCUCAUUUGCUACUUCAUGAAGUCAGGUCAGAUUCUGGCAAGUAGCCUUGGGCUCCUAUUCCUGGUGGCGGGAAGUGAACGCUUUGUAAAUUUCAAACUCCAAGUAUAUCGCACUCCAGUAACCAAGACCCAACAGUCCAACUCAUCAGCAAACAUUGCUGCGAGCGCCGCCCAAUCGACGGAGCAGACUUCUGCAGAAAUUGAGCAGCAGCAGAAGAGGGGGCGUGAGGUUUUAGCCGAGUACCGCCAGUUGAUGCUGCUGGCCCAGGACUGGCUAAGCAUGGCGUGCGACGUGGUGGAGAGAGUACAUGGAGUGCUUGGCUGGCAAGAUGCAACGUGGUCCCCAGUAUUCUACGGAGGUUGUGGCAUUGCCCUUCUAUUGCUUUGUUUACUGCCGUUGCGAUGGUUCGUCAUGGCAACCAUCAGCAGCAUCCUCUGCUUCAAUCCAGACUUCGUGGCACUCCUGAGACAGGUCUUCAACUCGGCGCUUAGGGACGACUCAUCUGUCAACAACAACAUAGAAGAAACAGAUGCUAGUCGAGUUUUGCCCAAGCAGGAACCCGCAGAUAAGCCGUCCACACUACCUGAGCUGCCCAUCCGUCAUGACAUUCAGCAUCGCCCGCUUCAUCUCUGCCAAAAGAGUAAAUCCCUGGACGAGGCUGGUCCCAAUUAUGCCAAAGUAGCCGCAGCCAGUCGGAAUCGUUCGUCCACCGCGCCGGAACUUCCGACCCUCAAACUGAACUCAGCAGGCCUGCCGGUUGAAGUCUGUUUCCUGUGCGGAACGAUGUUCUCAUCUGUUUUGAAGCGGAGGCGGUACUGCCGAUCCUGUGGCAAUCAGUUCUGCCAGCGUUGCUGCUCCAGAAAACUUCCCCGGGCCGUCUUUGGAGCAACGUCACCAGCUGCUCUGACAGAGAAGGAACUGGUCUGCAAUACCUGCUUCUGUGCGAUGACAGCAGAUGAGGCCAACCAAGUGUCUGGCGGCACGACGAUCGAAGAGCGCUGAAAAGACAAAUGUUUCAGGUCUGAAAAGUGUGGUCAUCAACCCAAAGAGAAAGAAUGAUAAACAGAAAUAUGGGUGCAAUCUGUGAUUAACUGCCUUUCACCACUGUGACCUUGCAAGUGACUCGGGGUCAAAGUGGUGGAGUUUUCUUCAUUCAGUUGAUAAAAAUAAUAUAAAGAUGUGGCAAAAAGAAGGUGGUGAAUUCAAUUUGGUUGAUUUGAGGUCAAUUUGGCGAAGUGUUCUUUCCUUACCUAACACCACUGUGACCUUGCUUCAUGGGUAAGCUACUUUGAGUUGUUGUGGUGACAUUUUCAGGAGAUGGAAAUACAUGUAGUGGCCAAAUGUUAGGGUGGUGCAUUCAAUGUGGUUCACUUGAGGUCAGUUUAGUGUAGUGCACUUUCCCUGCCUUGCACCAUUGUGACCUUGGUUUAUGGUAAUUUGAUUAGGGUCAAGAUGGUGACUUGAUUAUUUCCUUGGCUCUUACUACAGUGAUUAGGUUCAAUUGUUGGUCAGGUCACUGUGGUGAAUUACCACCCAUGGUGAGUUUGUCGAUCUGCUUGUUUUUGAGAUACUGACGAUCAUUUUACUGUUGUCUUUAUCAAAGACGAAUAAAAAUUUACUUAAAAUAGGUCAUACCUUGCGAAAGAAACUGUAAAAAAAAAAACUGCAAAACUUUUUAAACAUUUUGAGUGGCUCCAACUUAAAGAAGUUAAGGACUCGCACCUGUUUUGUUACAAAUUUUGUAGGCAUCACAAAAGGUAUUUUUUGUUAUAUUUUAGUACAAAUUUUAAUACAGAUUUUAGACAUAAAAAGUCCAAGAGAAAAUAAGAGACUUCCCUUUUUGAUUUGUAAGGUUCAACUCGGAAUCGAAUGGGAAUGACUCUAAUUUGACUGUCAAAUUUUGUGCUCAUUGUCAUGUGACAUUUUUCCCCAAUGAUUGGAAGUUCGUGACAACCUUAAAAAGAAAUGCCUAACAAAAUUUGCCUCAACUUAAUGCUUAUAAACGGUCACAUUUAUCGUAACUAUUGGUUGUGAAAAUGAUAAAGAUGUAAUCUUAAUCUUCAACAUUCAUAUCUAAAUUGAUGACAUAUCCAGCUGUGACGUGUUUGAUUGAAAUAUGAUUAACUGUGUACAUGCACCUGGCCUUUGUGAAAUGUUAUCAAGAAAAUUCUGUAAAUUUAUGAAAUUUACCUCAAUGGCCUAGUGUUUUUUUGUGAUUGAAAAAUUUAAAUGUAAUCUUUUUGUUGAAUCUUCUAGCGGUCCUCAAUUUGGUGCUGCCGUUGGAGAGAGAAAGUCAAUUAAUUUAAGGAAAUUGUAAAAAAAAAAGCCAUAUAUUUUUCCAUCUUAUUAAUGACAGAGUGCUUACAACUCUUUACACAAAAUGGUAUCUAUUGCUGUCGAUUAUGUGUCUUCAAACUUUCUAAAUUUUGGAUGUUUUUGCUCUCGGAUAAAAACUGCCAAUUCAAGGUUUUGAGGGAAUUAUCCUUUUUGAAAGCUAUUCAAAAUUGUUCUAUGUACAAUGUACUAACAAUACUUGUGUGUGAUAGUGAACAUUAAUGUGCAUUUGUGUAAUUGAUACUGCAUGUUUGCGUAAGUUGAACACUUCCGAUAAAAGUGAUUUGAUAAUUUGUGAGUUGUAACAAUUUUGGCAAUGAUUCAUUCAUAAACUAGGCCAAUUUACUAACACACUGUCAAAUAGACCUUAUACGUUAGGGCGGGGUCAGAGGGCAGUGGUUUUGUAGGGUUUGAAUAUGCAUGAGUAAACCCUUUGUGCACUCAUUGUUACUGAAUUAAAAUAACAAAGAACAGCCUCCGAGACUCUUCCAAGUCAUAAGGUCUAUGGUUCAUUGGUCAUGUCCUCUUGUUCUACUGUUUCUACAUUGGAUGCUUCAUGUAUUACCUCCGCCAAGGCGGUUAUGUUUUCAUCGGAUUUUGUUAGUUGGUUGGUUGGUUUGUCUGUUAACAAGAUCACUCGGAAAGUCAUGGGCGGAUUUGCAUAAAAAAGUUUUUAGGGGUGGUCCUUGGUACAAGUACAAAUCGAUUAGAUUUUGGAAGUGAUCCGGAUCUGGAUCUAGGAUUUUUUUAAAGGAUUCUUCACCAUUUAUGCGAGUAUUUCUUUUGGGUGUACUGACAAUAUGGCAGGGAAUUGUUUAGCCUUGGCGGAGGUUUGCGCUCUCUAAGUGCUCUCUAGUUGAAAGUGCCCAACAAAUUGUGUGAAAAAGAGAAAGAAAGACCAAAGUUUACUGAAACCUUUCUGUAAAUCUUGAAAAUUAAAAAGCCUUAACAUCUCUCAUCGAAUAAAAAUGUACUCAUCAUCAAAGAAUAUUGAAUAUUCUGCUUAUUAUGUAGAUUUAGAAAUCACUAGAAUUGUAUUCAGUGGUCCAGUAUUUUUUGUGUGAGAAUGUCCGUUAUAAUUAUUCAAGUUUCAUGGAAUGAAAAUCGAAUUUAAUUCAUUUUGGAUUUACGAAAUCGUAGCAUUUUGGUAGAAGCGAAGACUUCAUUCCUAUAUCUAUUCCAGAUGUCACAUUGCCAUGUUUUACAAAUAACCAAUUAAACUUUACUUUUUUAAACAGUAAUGACAGAUAUAGAUGUAAAUUAUAUCUCCAUGAUGUCAACAGAAAUUGUUGUAAAUAAAUAUAUUUAUGUAUUUGUGAGAAUGUAAAACAAAUUAUUGAUGUAACGCUCGAUAAACUUAUGUCUGUAACGUCUGACAACGUACAGUUUGUAACUGAACGAAAUUUUAUUCUUCGAAGUCAUGAAAUUCAGUGUUCUUAAAUUUAAUCUUCAUAAUUGCUUAUGUUUAACAACGAAUAGAAAAUAAAAGCGAAACGUCAAUUAA